AUGGAUGACUCGGGGAUAAUACGGCGACGUAGGCUGCAGGAUUUGCCUCUUCCCCGCAAGAACAGCAGCUGUCGUGCCAGUAACAGGAAGAGUUUGAUCCUGACCACCACGUCUCCCACCCUGCCUCGGCCUCACUCGCCCCUGCCUCUGCCUGGACACCUAGGGAGCAGCCCACUGGACAGUCCACGAAACUUCUCUCCCAAUAACCCGGCUCACUUCUCCUUCACCUCGUCCAGAAGAGCCGACGGCCGGAGGUGGUCCCUGGCGUCUCUGCCCUCGUCCGGUUAUGGCACCAACACGCCCAGCUCCACGUCAUCCAGCUCGUCCCAGGAGCGGCUGCACCAGCUGCCCUUCCAGCCCACCAUGGACGAGCUGCACUUCCUGUCCAAACAUUUCGGGAGUUCCGAGAGCAUCACGGACGACGACGGAGGACGCUGCUCCCCCCACAUGAGGCCUCGCUCCCGCAGCCUCAGCCCGGGGCGGUCCUCCUCCUGCUAUGACAACGAGAUAGUGAUGAUGAACCAUGUGUACAAAGAGCGCUUUCCAAAGGCCACCACUCAAAUGGAGGGGCGUCUGGCCGAGUUCAUCAAAGUCUACUCUCCAGACAAUACUCUCCCGCUGGCCGACGGAGUGCUGAGUUUCAUUCACCACCAGAUUGUUGAAUUGGCUCGGGAUUGUCUCGCCAAAGCCCAGGAGGGUCUCAUCACAUCAGUCUACUUCUUCGAACUGCAGGAAAACCUGGAGAAACUCAUCCAUGAAGCCAUCGAGCGGUCGGAGAGUGCAGAGGUUACAUUCAUCACAGAGAUGGUGAAGAGGCUGCUCAUCAUUAUCUCCAGACCGGCGCGACUUUUGGAAUGUCUGGAGUUUAACCCAGAGGAGUUCUACCAUCUGUUGGAAGCAGCUGAGGACCAUGCCAAAGAGGGCCACCUCAUGAAGACCGAUAUUCCUCGCUACAUCAUCAAUCAGCUGGGCUUAACCCGGGACCCCAUCGAAGAAAUGGUGAAUCUAGACAGUUACGACAGCGAGGGCCCCGUGACGCCUGAGACUGACGACUCCACCGAGGGAAAAAUUAAAACGAUGAAGCCUCCGGGUGAAGUCGACUUCCAGAACAUCAAGCUGAUCAGUAACGGAGCAUAUGGAGCUGUGUAUCUGGUGCGACACGUGGAGACUCGGCAGCGUUUUGCCAUGAAGAAGAUCAACAAACAGAACCUAAUGCUGAGGAACCAGAUCCAGCAGGCCUUUGUGGAGAGGGACAUCCUGACCUUCGCCGAAAACCCCUUUGUGGUCUCCAUGUUCUGCUCCUUCGAGACCCGCAGACACCUGUGCAUGGUCAUGGAGUACGUGGAGGGUGGGGACUGUGCCACUCUUCUGAAGAACAUCGGUGCGUUGCCAUUGGAGAUGGCGCGACUUUACUUCGCUGAGACUGUGCUCGCUUUAGAAUAUCUGCACAACUACGGCAUCGUGCACCGUGACCUCAAACCGGACAAUCUUCUUAUCACCUCCAUGGGCCACGUCAAACUGACCGACUUCGGCCUGUCCAAGAUCGGCCUGAUGAAUCUCACCACAAAUCUGUACGAAGGGCACAUUGAGAAGGAUACGCGGGAGUUCCUGGAUAAACAAGUCUGUGGUACUCCGGAGUACAUCGCUCCAGAGGUGAUCCUGCGGCAGGGCUAUGGCAAACCCGUGGACUGGUGGGCGAUGGGCAUCAUCCUCUACGAGUUCUUAGUGGGCUGUGUGCCUUUCUUUGGAGACACUACCGAAGAGCUGUUUGGACAAGUCAUAACUGAUGAUAUCGACUGGCCUGUCGGGGAUGAGGCUCUACCCAUCGAAGCACAGGACCUGAUCUCCGCUCUGCUGCAGACGGACCCUCUCAUUCGACUGGGCACCGGAGGUGCGUUUGAGGUGAAGCAGCACCCGUUCUUCUCGGAAGUAGACUGGAACAGCCUGCUCCGACAGAAGGCAGAGUUUAUUCCUCACCUGGAGUCUGAAGAGGACACCAGUUACUUUGACACCCGUUCUGAUCGCUACCAUCACAUUCAAUCAUACGAUGAGGACGACACUAAUGACGACGAGCCCGUGGAAAUUCACCGCUUUCAGUCGUGCUCGCCGCGCUUCAGCAAGGUCUACAGCAGCAUGGAACACCUGUCUCAGCUGGAGCAUAAGUCCCAUGGCGUCACGCUCCGAGAGCACAAAGGCCCGCGGGAGGACAGAGUGGAGAGGAUGGCCAAGAGGGAGAGCCUGGGCAGCCUGACACUGCGGGACAAGAGCUGGAGGACUGGAUCAGUGAGUGAUCUGAAGCGUCUGUCCUGCUCAGAGUCGUCGUUCACUGAGAGCGACUCCAGUCCUCCGUCUGGAGUCCGGAGGCGGUUCUCUGCCCUCAUGGAUCCACACAGACUCCCCUCAGACCCAGAGCAGAACCGCCAGAACGCGAUAAAGACCAGGGGCACGUCACUAGAGGGCGCCGCAGCUAUUGGGAACAGCCCAGCAGAUCUGAGGGCUUUUCUGAAAGAGAGCGCUACAAUCGCAUCAGGAGAAAAGCUGCUGAGACCGGACACUGGCCUGCCUCUGCCGGUCAGUGCCACAGUUCUGGGACUUCCAGAUGCCCCAGGGACGCGGGGGGCCAUCACUGACCUGGUCCUGCGCAGGGCCCAUCACCACCAGCUCACUACAGAUGGGGAAAAACGCAAAGUUAUCAAGUCUGCCUCAGCUACAGCUCUCUCCGUCAUCAUUCCUGCUGUUGAGCAACAUGGAGCGUCUCCUCUGGCCAGCCCCAUGUCUCCUCGCUCGCUUUCAUCCAACGCCUCGUCUAGAGACUCCUCUCCCAGCAGGGACUACUCCCCCAUGGUCAGCGUCUUACACUCCCCCAUCACUAUCCACCGCUCGGGCAAGAAGUACGGCUUCACCCUCAGGGCCAUCAGAGUCUACAUGGGCGACAGUGACGUCUACAGUGUGCAUCACAUGGUUUGGCACGUGGAAGAGGGGGGGCCAGCGCAGGAGGCCGGGCUCAGUGCAGGAGACCUCAUCACUCACGUGAACGGAGAGUCGGUCCACGGACUCGUUCACACAGAAGUGGUGGAGCUCAUCCUCAAGAGCGGGAGCAAAGUGACCGUGACAACGACCCCAUUUGAGAACACCUCCAUUAAAGUGGGUCCAGCUCGCAAGACCAGCUAUAAAUCCAAGAUGGCUCGCCGCAGUAAGAGGAUGGCUGCCAAGGAGGGACCGGAUAAGAAACGCAACUCGCUGUUCCGUAAAAUCACCAAACAGUCCAACCUGCUCCACACCAGCCGCAGUCUGUCCUCGCUGAACCGCUCCUUGUCGUCCGGAGACAGUCUGCCCGGCUCCCCGACACACGGCCUGUCUGCUCGAUCUCCCACCCAGAACUACCGCACCAUCGAAGCGCCUUAUCUAGGCAACUCAUCUCAGAGCAGCUCGCCGGCCUCCAGCACUCCCAACUCCCCCGCCACCUCCCACCACAUGAGGCCCAGCUCCCUGCACGGCCUCUCCCCCAAACUGCACCGCCAGUACCGAUCAGCACGCUGCAAGUCCGCGGGCAACAUCCCCCUGUCCCCCCUGGCCCACACGCCCUCUCCCACCACGUCCUCCCCUCCUCCCCUCUCUGGACACUGUGUGGGCAGCUCCAACACCACGCAGACCUUCCCCGCCAAGCUCCACUCCUCGCCCCCGGUGUCACGGCCUCGUCCCAAGAGCGCCGAGCCUCCCAGGUCCCCUUUGCUCCAGCGGGUGCAGUCUGCAGAGAAGCUUGGGACCCCCAUCCUGCCUUCGUCCUCAUCAUCAUCAUCCUCUCCGUCUCCGCUGACCGGUGGAGUGUCCCUACGUAAGCACAGCCUGGAGCUUACAAAGUUUGCUGGAAAUCGAAGGGGAAAACGGGCCUGCUCCUCCCUCGCCAUCAUCAUCAUCAUCAUCGCCAUCCCCCUCGCCGCCACUGGGGGGAGAAAUUGCCGGGUUAAAACCUUCAAGGAGAAUGGGACGUCAGGAAUCGCCGCUGAGCCGUGA